AUGCUGCUCGAGUUGCUCUCUGUCCUCUGGGAGGCCUUGUCCCUGCAGGUCACUCUGGUGUUUCUGGCAACAUUUCUACUUAUUGCUGAUUACAAGAAACAGAUUGGUCCAAGGAAUUUUCCCCCAGGGCCCAGGCCUCUUCCCUUUGUGGGUAACAUGCUGCAUACGGAUUUCAAGAAGCCUCAGAUUUCAGUAGGAAAGGUAAGGAUGGAGGAAAGGGCUUUCGGGUGGUGUGGGACGUUUCUCCCUAUAAGGUGCCCAGCCAAGUGGGCGCAAAAUUGAGAAAAUAUAUUGGAGGGUGCCAGAUUUUGGCCUCACUCACCACCUAACAGCUAUUUGUAACAAAUCUGUGUCCUUAACUCCCAUUUGCUUACUAUGGCUGGCAGAAUAUUGUGGGUGUGGGUGUGUAUGUGUUGUUGUACAUUGCCCUACCAUCACUCCCCCUUUAUCUUUGCAACAGCUUUGUGUGGUAGACUAGGCUAAGUUAUAGGUAAAGGUAAAGGGACCCCUGACCAUUAGGUCCAGUCGUGACCGACUCUGGGGUUGUGGCGCUCAUCUUGCUUUAUUGGCUGAGGGAUGCCCAGCUUCCAGGGCAUGUGGCCAGCGUGACUAAAUCGCUUCUGGCGAACCAGAGCAGUGCACGGAAAUGCCGUUUACCUUCCCGCCGGAUCGGUACCUAUUUAUCUAAUUGCACUUUGACAUGCCUUUGAACUGCUAGGUUGGCAGGAGCGGGGACUGAACAAUGGGAGCUCACCCCAUCGCAGGGAUUCGAACCGCCGACCUUCUGAUCAGCAAGCCCUAGGCUCUGUGAUUUAACCCACAGCGCCACCCACGUCCCUAGGCUAAGUUACUACAUGCAAAUAAGCAGCAAGUCUUGUGAACAGAUUGCAGGUGAAGAAUGGAGGGGGCCUGUCCAUUUACAGCCCCUUGAAACCAUUUUGGCAACUCUUAUGUCCCUGAUAUAUUUGACGGCAAUCAAAGUUACUUCUUCUAUACAGGAAUUCAAGAAACAUCAGGUACAGAGACAUAAAAUCGCAAUUCCUUCUCACUCUCCCUCCAGUCUGCCAACAGAUUAAUAUAUAACAUAUUAGAUAGGAUAUUAUAUAUUCUUCCUCCAUCUCCAUUCAGGUUCUAGGGCUGCUCAGUGAUGCUAAUACUCCAGUGACACAUAAUGUGGCAUUUUUGUGCUGGUGACAAAAAAGAUCAGGGAGAAGAACCUGGACGAAAUUGCAGUAAACUGUAAGGGAGAUUCAGAGGUCUAAACUGGGGGGGGGGGGGGACUAUGUUGUGUGGAGCCCCCAAACUACACAUGCGUCUGCACUUUAUAGUUUUGACAAUUCCGGCAGUGACUCUGUUUUUUAUAUACAAUUAUAUAGUUAUGUUGAUGCAUCUUCUCCUGAUAGUAUUUUGUAAUGGACUUUGGCUAGUACACUAAAGCUUAUUCACCUUAUUGUCUCCAUUCAGCUUGCAGAAAAAUAUGGCAAUGUAUUCGGCCUUCGUUAUGGAAGCACAAGGGUUGUGGCUGUGAAUGGAUUACACCUGGUGAAAGAGGCUCUUGUCCAUCAAGGAGAAUAUUUUGUAGAUCGACCAAAAGCCCCUGUUGUUGAUAAGUUAUUUGGGUCACUUGGUAAGUUUCAGUUACUAUGGUCAAUGAUUUGGAUAAUUAAAAUUCCUUUUUUAAUGAUAUGCACUGAUUGCUAAAUCUACUGUACGUACUUAUUACUCCUUCCUAUCUAGGACUGGUCUUCUCUAAUGGUCUCAUCUGGAAACAACAAAGACGAUUUGCCUUAUCAACACUCAGAAACUUUGGUUUGGGCAAAAGGUCUUUAGAAGAAAGAAUACAGGAAGAAAGCCGUUACUUAAGGGAAGCAAUAGAAGCUGAGAAAGGUGAGAACCAGAAUCAAUAAACCUGGGGCAUAUUUACGCUGCUAUUUUCUAUGAACAAGAUCAAAAAUACAUUAGCCAGGGUGCAAAGCUCUUUAGCAUUAUUUCUUCACGCAAAUGUAGCACUGCUUGGACUGGAAUGACCCUGUGAUGGCAAAGGGGGUGUUGAUAGGAAGCUCUUUGUGGUGCACAAAAGUUCUAGUGUGAAGCUUUGUGCUGGAACCUCAAGGCCACUGAACUAAAACAGACUUAAGAACAAUGAUGGAGUGUUUGAGCUGAGAAGAUGUGCAGAUUUUGAUGAUUUGACAACCAACAUCACAAAUAGAAUAGGGUUUGAAGUGCAAUCAUUUUGGUAUAUUUAGGUAUAUACUAUCUUUGAGACUGUCCUUACCCUUUUUGACAGCCAUUGUUACAGAAUAAUCCUUACUGUGGAAUAAUCCUUUAUGGAGAAUAUAAAUGCUCACUUGAAGAUAUAAAUGGGCCGCAGAGUCCUGGGUGUCCCAGGUUAAAUUACAAGAUAUAAUGUUAAUACAAAAUGCUUUCUUUGGCUAAAACAAAUCCUGCCUCAUCAACAUGCAACCACUUUCCCCACUUUCUGUUUUUGUUAUAUGGAAGCUAGAAGCACCCCAAUUCCUUCUGCACCAUUUUCUCUCUCUCCCCAGGGCAGCCAUUUGACCCUCACUUUCAGAUUAAUAAUGCUGUUUCAAAUAUCAUCUGUUCCAUCACUUUUGGGGACCGCUUUGAAUACCAUGACAAUCGCUUCCAGAAGCUACUGCACUUGCUUGAUGAGGCAUUGCUUAUUCAGGGAAGUGUUUGGAGUAUGGUAGGUCUUCUCUGAGUUCUUUUGCAUAUAACCACAAAACAAUUGCUUGGGCUCCAGUCACAUUCCCACAUUAUUGUUGACUGUGAAAUCAUUUGCUUUGGUCCUCCUGUUUCUUCAUGUUCAGAUUUCUGUUUUCCCUGUCCUGUUCAUUCAAGCAUCUUGUUCCAUCCACUUUCCUUUGCCCCCUAGCAUUGUUUAUGAAAGCACUGAAUAUGUAAAGGUUGGGAUGUGUUCAGUAACGUAAAGUGGGAGGCCGAAUCAUGUGUUACAGGACAGAUCAUAUUUUUAAUGGGGAGAAUAACAUGUGUGGCUGAAUAAAAUCAAGGUGUGUGAACAGAGUGAGGCCAUCACAAAUUAUAUACAUAGAGUGAGCUGCCAUUGUUCUGUCCCAGCUUCUGCCAACCUAGCACUUGGAAAGAAUACAAGUAGAUAAAUAGGUACCGUUGUGGCAGGAAGGUAAACGGCAUUUCUGUACGCUCUGGCUCUCAUCAUGGUGACCUGUUGCACCAGAAGUGGUUUAUUCAUGCUGGCCACAUGACCCAGAAAGCUGUUUGUGGAGAAAUGCCAGCUGAAAAGCAAGAUGAAUGCUGCAUCCCAUAGUCACCUUUGACUGGACUUAACUGUCCAGGGGUCCUUUGCCUUUACAUGGAUUAAUUCUACACAUACACCACUUACAAUCUGUGUGUGAAGAUGCAUAUCAUUAAAGGGAAAAUCUACAUAUUCAUGAGAUGAGCUGCCAUUGAUACAUACAAUUUUCAAAAUGGUAAUCAUCUUCAUGGGAAUUACAAGUUGUGUUUGUAGAACUAACCACAAUGUUGCCAUUUGAUUUGCAAUCUGUACAUUCUAACCAAGAAGUUAAGACAUUGCCAUGGGGUCCCAUCAUAAGCAGUGGUGAGUGCAAUAUUUACUCUAGUUCCAAGAGAGUCUGCCAUCUUUGAGCCUGUGCACACCGGCCUUUAUUACUGCUAGCCUAUUUCCCAUGACAGCAGCACGAUGUGAAUGUUUUUGAGAGGGUUUUCCCUUCACAUAUGUGAUGUUAGUGUUUGUUUCCUCAGCUGUACAAUAUCAUUCCCUCUGUCAUGAAAUACCUGCCAGGGCCCCAUCACACACUUUUUAAAAAAUGGGAGCAGUUGAAAUCGUUUGUGAGAGGAAUCAUUGAAAAACACAAAGAAGACUGGAACCCAUCUGAACCCAGAGACUUCAUUGAUGCCUACCUAAAUGAAAUGGCCAAGGUGAGAGAUGAAAAGGACAAAAUGUAUAUGUAUAUAUUUAAUAAUAGAACAGUAGCAGAAGGCAGAGAAACAAUAUUAAAACCAGAACUAGUAUUGUGGUUUGUCUGAGUUGCCCCUAAUGGCUGACCACAUUUCAAUAUUUCCAUUGAGUUUAUGACUUCAGACAAAAUAUAUUUCUGCAUGCACAGGUCAAUAUAUUUUGUGGGGAGACACCUCCCCACUUGUUCACUGCUGGGAUUUCACCACUUGUCUGUGGUUUGUGAGAGCAAGCAGUUGACAUGACUAAAAGAAUCACUGCCUCAGUUGUCUGAAUAAACCUUCUCUAAGGCUUUGGCGUCCUUGACCAGAACAAACCCAUACUUUAUGCCACCAUCAGUGAUUCACAGGACUGUUGCCUUGAGCUUCCUAAAUCCUGGACACUUUUCAGGAGUAGAGCCCUUGCCUCCCCUAGUGAUCUCUUGACAUGUGGGUCUGACAGUAGGAUGGUGUUUUUAAUGGCUGCUUAACUCCUUGGUGCAUUUCUGUUUUAAGGAGGAUUCUGCUUCCAGUUUCCAUGAAGAAAACCUUCUACAUUCAGCACUGGAUUUAUUUCUUGCUGGAACGGAAACAACUUCUACAACCCUGCGUUGGGGUUUGCUGUAUAUGGCCAUUUAUCCAGAUAUUCAAGGUAGAACUGUAGUUGGCUCAUUUGUCUUUCAGUACUUUGUUUUGUAUAUAACAAAGGCCUACUGAAAGCAAACAUCAAUAUAUAAUCUUAUCAUUAGAUGCUGAAAAGGUCUUUGACAAAAUACAGUGGUGCCCGCAAGACGAAUGCCUCGCAAGACGAAAAACCCGCUAGACGAAAGGGUUUUCCGUUUUUCAAUGCGCUUCGCAAGACGAAUUUCCCUAUGGGCUUGCUUCGCAAGACGAAAACGUCUUACGAGUCUUGUGAUUUUUUUCGCUUUCCACCCCCCUUUUUCUAAGCCGCUUAGCUGCUAAUAGCCUUUUAGCCGCUAAGCCGCUAAGCCUUUAAUAGCUGCUAAACCGCUAAACCGCUAAUAGCGCUAAGCCGCUAAGCCGCUAAGCCGCUAAUAGGGUUGCUUCGCAAGAAGAAAAAACCGCUAGACGAAGAGACUUGCGGAAUGGAUUAUUUUCGUCUUGCGAGGCAGCACUGUAUAUAAACAGAAUAUGGUGGCUGUACUAAACUAAUGGUGACUGGAUUUCCUUUGGAAUGCAAAAAAUGGAUUAAGAUAUUAUGUGAUUUGCCCACAUCUAGACUAAAUGUAAAUGCCAUGUUUUCUGCUACUUUAGAGGAACUAGACAAGGAUUUCCCUUUUCACCGUUACUUUUCAGUAUUUACAUGGAACCCUUAGCUUGCGCAACAUGAGUAGAUCUACAGAGUAGUACAUAAUUCAGUUGAAUACAAAUUGGUUUUAUUUACAGAUGAUAUUCUUUUGUUUACUUCUAAAUCCUCGUUUGCUGAUGCAGAUCAUGGGGGCCUUUCCUAAAAUAACAGAAUACUCUGCUGACUGGUCCAAAUGAAAAUUGAUUGCAAUAAGUGAAAAUUUCGUUACCCAUCCAUUUAAGGAGUAUCAAUUCUGUGUCUGCUCAAAUCCAUUAAAUAUUAAAGAUGGGCCUCCCCUACAGAUCUUAGAAAAAGUCUAUCCUUGUGUUGAUGAGAGAUUUUACUUUUUUUGCAGCAAAAGUCCAAGCGGAAAUAGAUUCUGUGAUUGGCCAGUCUCGCCAGCCAGCGAUGGAUGACAGGGACAGAAUGCCAUACACCAAUGCAGUUGUUCAUGAAAUUCAAAGAAUAAGCAACAUUAUUCCUUUAAAUGUGCCUCGGUUGACAACAAAGGACACUACACUGGCUGGGUUUUAUAUUCCCAAAGUAAACAUUAAGACGAUAUACCUUUCUUAUAAGCCUUUCCUCUUCUCUUGAGAUGUGAAAACUUGAUGCCAAAGUUCUAAGUCAGGGAUAGCCAGUGUGCUGCUCCCAAGAUGCUGUUGAACUCCUUCUGCUUGAGCCAGCAUGGCCACUGGGCAGGGUCUGGGGUGUUCUUUGGGCACAUCAAGAUCUGGAGUGGAGGGAAGGGGUUAUAGCUAGAUAGACAUUUGGUUAUUUCCAACUCCUGGCAAAAAUGGAUUCCAAGCGCAGUCUGUACCAUUUGCAUGGAUAGCUAGUUUCUUUUUUAAUGACCAUUACUAAUAACCCAAACUGCAGCACCUGGCAUCUGGUGUUUCCUAUCCUACUUUGAAUAUAUUUUAAAAUCUAACCUGUGUUUUCAAAACAUCAUUUCUGAGUUGGACUUGGAUCUAGGAAGCUUAGUACAGCUAUAGUUGCACAGAUCUAAACACAAAGAUUUCUCUGCUCGUUCUAAUCUGCCGUCUUCUUUGCUUCUUCUUUGUCAGGGAACCUUCUUGGCCACCAACUUGACCUCACUGCACUUUGAUGAGGAUGAGUGGGAAACACCCAAUGUGUUUAAUCCUGGUCAUUUCCUAGAGAAUGGUCAGUUCAGGAAAAGGGAAGCGUUUCUGCCAUUCUCUGCAGGUAACAAAAGUUGAUCCAUGGCUCCUUAGAAUUGCAACAGAGACUGCAUGAUGAUGGCUUGGUUGCUUGGAGCCUGGUGUACUACAGGGGUCGCCUCCCUAUUGGGGGCCUGUGGUCACAUUUGGGAUUGGGAGGAAGUACUGUGGAUGCAGGGGACGUGGGUGGCCCUGUGGGUUAAACCACAGAGCCUAGGACUUGCUGAUCGGAAGGUUGGCGGUUCGAAUCCCCACAAUGGGGUAAGUUCCCGUUGCUCGGUCCCUGCUCCUGCCAACCUAGCAGUUCAAAAGCACGUCAAAGUGAAAGUAGAUAAAUAGGUACCGUUCCAGCGGGAAGGUAAAUGGCAUUUUCGUGCGCUGCUCUGGUUCGCCAGCAGCGGCUUAGUCAUGCUGGCCACAUGACCCAGAAGCUGUACGCAGGCUCCCUCAGCCAAUAAAGCGAGAUGAGCACUGCAACCCCAGACUUGGUCACGACUGGAUCUAAUGGUCAGGGGUCCCUUUACCUUUACCUUUACCUUUACUGUGGAUGCAAGUCACAAAAUGGCUACCAUAGAUAAGGUUACCAGAUUUUUUUCAAUGAAUCCGGGGACACUUUUCAACUUCCUACUAAAUAGAUGGAUUUUGUCAGGGGACUGAUUUAUAAAUCUGGGGACUGUGCUCGGGAAACGGGGAUGUCUGGUAACCUUACCAUAGGAGCUGUGAAGUUACACAAAAUGGUGUUUCUAUACUCUUCCCCUCCCCCCCACCCAGUAAGCCAUGCGGAUUUUUGGGGGAAUAUUUGCAGACAUUUUUCUCAGGUGCCAUAAGUGGCACAGGUGCUCCACAAGUGGACAACAGCUGAUGUAUUUUUUCAUAGUUUCCCCAAGGAAGAGAAACCCAGUUCCAUCUUGAACUUGAGGAACUGUUUGCCCACACCCUUAGCUAAGAUAUAUGCAGAUUAGGUAGAUUCCUAAAAAAAUAUAAUUCAAAUUGGUUUUUUUCUCCAAAACUGCAUAUGAGAUAAAUUUAUGUAAUUCAAAUAUAUCUAUUCCAAAUUCAGUAAAACCAUGAUCAUAUUUGUUCAGUGUUCCCAUUUGCUUGACUAGGAAGUAGGACCGACUUCUAUAUUUAUUUUGCAACAACAUAAUUAUUUUUUAAAUUAUUUGGUCUGCCCGUGUUGUUUAAAUUGUGCCACUCUUCACAGUAGCAAAAGCUCUCGACUGAAACAGUCUUUUUCUCCCCCACCCCCUUCUAGGAAAGCGAGCUUGUCUGGGAGAGCAGCUGGCGAGGACCGAGCUCUUCAUUUUCUUCACUGCCCUAAUUCAGAAGUUCACAUUUCAGGCUCCAAAGGAUGUGACAUUAAGCUGUGAAUUUAGGAUAGGUCUGACCGUGUCUCCCCUGCCAUACCGGAUAUGUGCAUUCUCUCGCUAA